AUGGUCAUCAACGUUCCCACCGCCUCCCUCGAGGGACAAGUCGCUCUCAUCACCGGUGCCGGUCGCGGCAUUGGAAGGGGUUGUGCUAUCGAGCUCGGCAAGCGCGGCGCCUCCGUCAUCGUUAACUACGUUUCAUCCGAAGGCCCAGCGAACGAGGUUUGCGAAAUCAUCAAGGGCUUCAACAACGGUGCCAAAGCCGUAGCCAUCAAGGCGGAUGUCAGCAAAGUCAGUGAGAUCAACAGACUAUUCGAGGAGGCGAAGAAGGCAUUCGGCAAGAUCAACAUCGUCAUGAGCAACUCAGGAACCGAGAGCUGGGACGUAACAGAGGAGAUCAGCGAGGAGAAGUACGACCACGUAUUCAACCUGAACACAAGAGCGCAAUUCUUCGUUGGCCAAACCGCAUACAAGCACAUCGAGGAUAACGGCCGCAUCAUCCUGAUGAGCUCCAUCGCUGCCGGUCUGCUCGGUGUCAAGGACCACGCGCUCUACAACGCCUCCAAGAUGGCCGUCAUCGGUUUCAUCAAGGCCUUCGCAACCGACUUCGGAAAGCGCGGUAUCACCGUCAACGGUGUUGCACCAGGAGGUAUCAAGUCGGACAUGUUCACACAGAACGCCUGGCAUUACAUCCCCGGCGGUUCGCCUGACUGGCCAGCGGAGAAGAUUGAGACGCUCAUGGCAAACCACUGCCCGCUCGGAAGGUGCGCAGUACCUGAGGAUGUUGCGAGGGUCGUCGCUUUCCUCGCAUCAGCGGACGGUGGCUGGGUCAACGGUCAAGUGCUGACCAUCUCCGGUGGAUCAUCGCAGUAA